GCCAAGAAACUUUCUUCUUCAUUCCUUCUUUCUUGAUCGGAAAUAAUGGCUUUCAGGGCUACUAGCCAGUGGAGAGCAGUGCUGUCUCGAUUGGGACAGAGUCGACCUUUUGCAUCCUCCACCGCUCCCAAGUUUGCAACAAUGUCUCACAAUGCUGCCCAUCAUGUGCCUAGCAGCAGGUAUGCAGCGACGGGGGAGUAUGCACCAUUCUAUGUGAUGGCAGGAAUGAUGACUGUAGCAGUUGCGAUGGCCUUCCACACCAUGAAGCAGCAGCUGGUGCAUAGCCCAGGAGUUAGCAUAAACAAGAAAAGGAGAGAAUCCAUUGCUGAGGUAGACGACCCUGAUACAGUAGUUGCUGAUGCUAGUAAAUUUCUCAAAAAAUCAUUCCUCAGGAAGGUUGCUCAUAUCCAGGAACAUAAUCCCACCCUGCCUGAUCCAACCCGCGCUAAUGCCAUCACCAAGCCUCAUGAUGCAGAGACACUAAAAACAGUCGGAGUCCUUCCUCGCCACCACUGAUUAAACAAUCACAGGCCUCAACCAUCGCUGCUGAUUCUUAUCCAUCAAAUGCCUCCUAAUGUUAUCUUGCCCCUUCUGUUUAUGAGUCCAAUUACUAUGGUGUCAUAAUGUAAAUAGAAUUUCGUGCUAUAUUGUGGGCCAUUCUUUUUUUUCUUGUUCUUUUUCAAAAUGUAAUGCGAGCCCUUCCUUACUCAGGUCAGGACAGAGGCUCCCAUCUUUAAAUGUCUGUUGAUUAGUUCUGCUAAUAAUAAAGACACCUCCGU